UCUCCAUUCUAAUUAUAUAUCUCUCCCCCAUAUGGAUGAGCACCGAGCACCGAGCACGGCACACACUCUACUGCAGCCUCUGCCCCGCGAGCAUCUAUCUACUUUUGGGAAGGCAUUUCUGUCCUGGAGUAUCUGGGGUGACCAAAUACGGUGGCCGAGUGAGCGCGGGGGAUUGUGAAGUUGAGAUGGACGAUCGUACUCUUGGCAAAGGGAGGAAGUGCGUGCCCUCGCCGUCGGCGGCGGCGGUGGGCAGGAGCGCCGUGCUUCUCCUGGCCGGCGUCGUGUUCGUGGGGUGGCUGAUGAUGUGGGCCAUGCUGCCGACCAGAACUUACAGCUCGACAUGGGCGCCGAAGCUUGCGGCGCUCACCGGCUUCGGGAAACAAGGGAUUAGGAUCACGGUGUACGUGUUCCCAGUGCUGUUCGUGUUCGUUGUUGCGUGCGUUUAUCUGCAUUUGCAGCAGCAGAAGGGGGGUGACCCCAACACCCAGCGCCGGACCAGCACGAGAAUAGCAGCAGCCUGGAGGAGGCCCGUGCUGGUGAGAGGCCCGCUGGGGAUCGUGACGGGCAUAGAACUGGCCGUAUUGCUCAUGUUCAUGGCUCUCCUCGUCUGGUUCUACUACGCGUACGUCACCGUCGAGUUCUCCAAGCUACUACGCGUCAAGCCAGGCCAGAAACUGUGGCAGGCGGAGCUGGAGAAAGCGGCGAAGCGGCUCGGCAGUGUCGGGAGCUUGUGCUGCGCGCUGCUGUUCCUGCCCGUGGCACGCGGCUCGUCGCUCCUGCCGCUCGUCGGCCUCACGUCCGAGUCCGGCAUCAAGUACCAUGUCUGGCUGGGGAACAUGGCCAUGGCCAUCUUCACCGCUCAUGGGCUCUGCUACGUCUUUUUCUGGGCAUCAACUGAUCAGAUCCACCUGAUGACGAAAUGGGCGAGGACGAGGGCCUCGAACGUGGCCGGGGAGCUGGCUUUGCUCUGCGGCCUCGCGAUGUGGGCGACGGCGCUGCCACGCAUCCGCCGCCGGAUGUUCGAGCUCUUCUUCUACGCGCACCACCUCUACAUCCCCUUCAUCGUGUUCUCCGCGCUCCACAUGGGCGUCACCGUCUUCUGCUACGUCCUGCCCGGCGUCUUCCUCUUCGCCGUCGACCGGUGCCUCCGGUUCCUGCAGUCGCGCGCCCGCGUCCGCCUCGUCUCUUCCCGCCUCCUGCCGUCCGGGGCCGUCGAGCUCAACUUCGCCAAAAGCCGCUGUUUGAGGCACAAUCCCACGAGCACGCUCUUCGUCAACGUCCCAUGCGUCUCGCGGCUCCAGUGGCACCCCUUCUCGGUGACGUCGAGCAGCAGCCUCGAGCCGGACACGCUCAGCAUCGUCAUCAAGAACAGAGGCGGGUGGACGCAGAAGCUGUACGAGACGGUCUCGUCCCUGCCCCCGUCCGGUGGCCACCUCGGCGUCUCGGUCGAGGGGCCAUACAGCCCGGCCGACGGGGUCACGCCCUUCUUGGCCCACGACUCGCUGGUGAUGAUCAGCGGCGGCAUCGGCAUCACGCCGUUCAUCUCCGUCAUCCGCGAGUUGGUUUACCAGAGCGCCAUGGCAGAAACGGCGUCCAUGCCGAGGCUCCUCCUCGUCUGCGUCUUCAGGACGUCGGCCGAGCUGGACAUGCUGGACCUCCUCGUCCCGGCCUCCGGCGGCCUCUACGGCAGCCCCAGCCUUGACCUACGCAUCGAGGCCUACGUAACGAGCGAGAGCGAGCCCCGCACCGGCAACGACGCGCACAAGCGGCCUUGUCAACAGGUCUGGUUCAAGCCGUGGCCGUCGGACGCGCCCGUCUCCCCGGCGCUCGGCUCCAACGGGUGGCUCUGGCUCGGCGCCGUCGUGUCCUCGUCGUUCGCCGCGUUCCUCCUGCUCGUCGCCGCGCUACAGCGGUUCUACAUCUACCCGGUUGACCGAGACAGCAACCACGUGUACCCGUGGGCGGCCAGAACGAUGCUGAACCUGCUGUUCCUCGGCGUCAGCGUCGCCGGCGUCACCGGUGCGGCGUUCCUGUGGAGUAAGCGGAGGAGCGCCAGGGAGGCCAAGAAGAUAAAGAGCGUGGACGGGCCGACGCCGGCGAUGUCGCCGGUGUCGUUGCUCCACUGGGCAGGUGGGGGCGGCGUGGAGCGGGAGCUGGAGAGCUUGCCUGCGCAGCCUCUUGCGCAGGCUACCAAUGUGCACUUCGGCCACCGUCCAGAUCUCAAGAAGAUGCUGCUGGGGAUUCACGACGAGAACGUUGGGGUGAUGGCCAGCGGUCCGUCGGGGAUGCUUGAGGAGGUCGCGACUAUCUGCUCGUCUGGGCUGGCGAGCAACCUGCAUUUCCAGUCUAUAAGCUUCACCUGGUGAACAACCAAUUCCGAGCAUCUAGCUCAAGAGGAAGAGGCUUUGGUUCUACUUUCCAGUUCGUACAUCACCGUAGUAUGUAGUGUAGUGUUUUUUCUGUUUUCUUUUUGCGGGUAACUGUUGUGUACCUAUUAUUCUCUCGUUUCUAAGACUAUCACCGUUUUUCUA